UCAUAUCUUUUAAAUCCAAAUCUGACAAGGUUGUCCAAAUCCUAAUUUCAAUUUGUUUAAAUAUUUUUCUAUUAUCCAUUCAUCAAAAAAAAUAGACAAUAUCAGAAGUACGAAUCUAGCGAUAUACUCUUCAAUAGAAUCAGCAUCAAAAUGGACUCAAAGUUAGAAUUAUUUGAUGAUGUUGAUGGCUAUGUGGAUGGAGAAAUGAAUGUACCAAAAACCCAAAAUAAUGAUCAAAUUGGACAGCCAGAUUUUAAUACCUUAAAUGAACCCAUAAGAGACACAAUUUUCAGAGAUUUGAAAGCAGUAGGAAUAAAGUUUGCACAUGUAUUGUAUCCCAAAGAGAAAAGGGCUCUAUUGAAAGAAUGGGAUUUAUGGGGUCCUUUAGUACUUUGUACAUUUAUGGCAAUGAUUCUACAAGGAUCUAGUUCUGCAGACAAUUCACAUGAUGGGGGCCCUGAAUUUGCACAAGUGUUUGUAAUAGUUUGGAUAGGGUCAAUGGUCGUCACAUUGAAUUCAAAACUCCUGGGUGGAAAUAUAUCAAUUUUUCAAAGCAUAUGUGUCCUGGGAUAUUGUUUGUUACCAACAACUAUUGCACUUAUAAUUUGUAGAAUAAUAUUACUGGCAGUGCAAACAAAUUUAUUGUUUUUCAUUCGUUUCACUGUCUCAAUGGCUGGAUUUUUAUGGGCAACAUAUGCCUCAAUGGUAUUUCUGGGGGACAGCCAGAAACCAAACAGGAAACUACUAGCUGUGUAUCCCAUAGGAUUGUUCUAUUUUAUAAUCUCCUGGCUGGUUAUUUCUCAUACAAACACCUAAUAUG